UCAUUACCCAGCUUACUAUUCGGAGAGUUGCUUAACUGAAAGAAAUGUGUACAAGCAGAAAGUCUGGAUUUAUUAAUUCUCCAUCUGCAGGUAUGAAUAAUGUUGGCUGGUUAUGGAGACCAUGUACCAAAGGACCUGAAAUCAGUGCAGCUACUCCAGAGGUGCAUUUGGACUUUCAAAGAAAAACUUCAGAAAUCACAAGACUCUUUGAGGCAGAGACCUCAUGCAAGUCAUAUGAGCUGUUAUUACAGACACAGAGGGAUGAGGAGCAGCAAGGAGAAAGAAAGAGACAGUUUAAUUUAAACAGGACACCAUGGGAGACAUGCUGUGUGUAAGUGCUGUCAGACCAGGAUGCUGUUCAGAGAGAAGGGGCUCCCAACAAGCCCAAGGCCUCCAGCAUGUGGAAGCAGUGACUACAGCAGAGCAGAGACAAGGCAUCCUGUUUGGAGCUGCCACAUCCUAUUUACAUGUAGAGAAGCUGUGUGAAGGAUCCUGUGCAACUGUGUACAAGGGGAUCAGCAGGAUCAACAGCCAGGUGGUGGCACUGAAAGUGAUCAAGCUGGAGCGAGAGGAGGGAGUGCCCUUUACAGCCAUUCGGGAAGCUUCUCUUCUCAAGUGUUUGAAACAUGCCAACAUUGUAGUGCUUCAUGACAUUAUCCAGACCAAGGAGACACUAACAUUUGUCUUUGAGUACAUGCACACAGAUCUAGCACAGUACAUGGGCCAGCAUCCUGGAGGACUCCAUUUGUGCAACGUUAUGCUCUUCAUGUUCCAGCUUUUGCGUGGCCUGGCUUACAUCCACCAACAACACAUUCUUCACCGGGAUCUGAAACCCCAGAACUUGCUCAUCAGUUGCCUCGGUGAGCUCAAAUUAGCCGACUUUGGCCUUGCUCGUGCCCAGUCCAUCCCCAGACAGACAUACUCCUCUGAAGUUGUGACACUCUGGUACCGUCCUCCUGAUGUGUUGCUUGGAGCUACAGCUUAUUCUUCUGAUAUAGAUAUCUGGAGUGCAGGCUGUAUAUUUGUGGAAAUGAUCCAGGGUCAGACAAUAUUUGCAGCAACUUCUGAUACUCAUGAACAGCUGGAGAAGAUCUGGGAGGUAUUGGGGGUCCCAACUGAAGACACCUGGCCAGGACUUUCCAAGCUCCCCAACUAUAACCCAGAACUGGUUGCUUCCAGGAGACCUCAGAGACUCCGAGUCAUCUGUGACAGGAUGAGCAGGGUGCCAGCAGCAGAGAAUUUGGCCUCCAGGAUGCUCACAGCCUUCCCUCGAGGCCGAAUCUCUGCACAAGAUGCGCUUCUUCAUAGCUUCUUCAGCCCUCUGCCUCCUCAGCUCUAUCAGAUUCCUGCUGGACAAUCAGUGCUCACAGUUCCAGGGGUGAGACUGCAACCUGAAAUGUGUGACCUGUUUGCUUCAUACCGAAAAGGCCGUGUCUCAGGAGGUUCGAGCAAGUUUUGGUAGAAAUCAUGGAUGAUUGAAUAAUUCUUGGAAAGCAAUGUCAGAAGGAUUGGCUUGGCAACGAAGAGGUAACAGCACAGUCUGGACACUGGACUUGCAGAAAAUACUCAGCCAUGUGUCACUUAACAGAGAGCUCCCUGGACCAGAAGAUCGAUGUACAAACAGGACAGAUGGGGACUGACAAUUGAAAGAAUGUAGAGGCUCAUCCAAGGCUUACAGGGACCUGUCAUUCCUGGGGUAUGCCUACAAUCUCCCUCAACAAAAGAGCUCCUGAGGGAAGGAGGGGAUUAGUCAAAAGUUGAGUGAAGUCUCCAGGGAAGAUGGUUUCUUGGAUAGAGUUGUCAACAAAAGGAAUUGUUUAAGACUAUUUGUGAUAAUUUCCUAGAGGGAGCUUCUGCCAUUACUAACAGGAUUACCAGCAUACUGGUUCCACACCAGCAGAGCAUUAGACAUGUGCAUUGCAGACUGGUUGCUUAGAGCUGAAUUCAGGGGUCUUAUACAGCAUCCCAAAUGUGGGCAGGUGUUGAUGAGCAGAGGGGAGAUGGCAGAGAAUUAAGAUGCAGCCAAAUGUAGUCCAUUUUUGGUCCAGCUGUUGCAGAGAGUCCUGGCUCAUUAAUGAGUUUCCACAGUGUUUUAAUCUCCUUGAUCUCAAGGCUGCUGACAGACCAUGAGAAGGAAAGCUAAUCUGAGGUGAGUGCUGAUGGGGAU